AAAGCGGAGUGACGCAGCUUUUGUAGAUCAGACGAUACUCCAUGCUUUUUUAUACAUGACGUGAAAUCGCAUUUAAAAAAAAAUAAAAUCAAAUACAGAAUACAUCGAAAAAAAGAGGGUGUCCCGCCGACAUCUGGACGCUGCAUGUCGGAUCUGAGCUCUCCUUGAAUCUAUUUGGAUGCCAUUCCCGCUGGAGGUUGCGGUACAGCCCGAGGACUGGAUGUUAUAACCGGGAACGAAACAUGCCGCAGCCAAAGUCACGAAAAAUCGCCAUCCUCGGGUACAGAUCCGUAGGAAAGUCUUCCUUGACAAUUCAGUUUGUGGAAGGCCAGUUUGUGGACUCCUAUGACCCAACAAUAGAAAACACAUUUACUAAAAUGAUCACAAUAAAUGGACAGGAGUACCACCUUCAGCUUGUUGACACAGCAGGGCAGGAUGAAUACUCCAUCUUUCCUCAGACAUACUCCAUAGAUAUCAACGGUUACAUCCUGGUCUAUUCUGUUACGUCUAAUAAAAGCUUUGAAGUUGUUCAAGUUAUCCAUGAAAAGCUGUUGGACAUGGUGGGGAAGGUUCAAGUUCCAAUUAUGCUUGUCGGAAACAAGAACGACCUACAUAUGGAACGAGUGAUCAGCUGUGAAGAGGGGAAAGCAUUAGCUGAAUCCUGGAAUGCAGCCUUCAUGGAGUCCUCAGCCAAGGAGAACCAGACGGCCGUGGAGGUUUUCCGCAGGAUGAUCUUGGAGGCAGAAAAGAUGGAUGGAGUGCAGCCUGUAAAAAACCCCUGCUCCAUGAUGUAGAGCCGCCCAAUCAACACACAGGACACUGCACUGGGAAAUCCCGUUACUUGAAGGCUAGCCGCCAGUUCCCCUUCACCUCAGCUGAGUCUACGCCCCUUCCUCAACCAGGGUCCUAAAUACCCAAAAGUGUCUAUUUAUGGCUCUGAUUCCACUGUCAUUAUCAGUAUUCCCCAUGCCCCCUCUGUCAUCCUCGGUUUUCUUUGUGUGUGUGAUUAAAAAACAUGGAUGGGUGGUUAUUCUCUUGUCUUAAAUCUCCCUCAGGCCACCUUUCCAUAUCUGUGCUCAGCACUGAUGCAAAACCUGAAACAGUUGGUAUGGAUGUAUCAGAACAAAUAUUUGUAGUAGGAACAGAAGCAGUAAGCUUGAUGCAUCUUAGCUUUUCCCCUGCACAGCUUCCAUAUAAGACUGCAGCCCUGUUUAAAUGACAAGAUAAAAGAAUUGUGGUGUUUGCUGCGCAUAUGAAAAGAGUAAGAUUAACAAAUCUUUAUUCUGAUAUAUUACCAGCUGUGUGGGCUCUCUGAUAUACACCUUUUCUACUUCAUCACCUCGCAGUAUCCAUGUCCCUCAGUUAGUUUCCCAUUGGUUACUGUCAGACGAAAUUAAAAUAAUAAUAAGAAAAUCUGCAUUCAUUUUCUAAUGUUGAAAAUGUUGUACAAAUGUUUUUGAUUGUAAUCAUUAAAGCAAAAAGUGGUUAUGUAAGCAGGAUGGUCCGUGGUUUAUUCAGAUGGAUCUUUGUUAGAAAAUUAGAUUUUGCUGAACAUUAAGGGGUUUUUUUUGCUUAUGUUUUGCUUAUCUGCACAUAUGAAAGAGAGAAGGGAUGACACAAUCAUAUUAAUAUGAAUCAUUAAAACUAAGUUUGUUUCUUGUCCAGGUAAAUCCUGCAAUAUUUUUUAUUUUUUUUUAGAGAAGUGUUAUUAAAGUACAGCAAUCUAAAUCUAAAAUUAUAUUUUUGAUCCAACAUAUUUACAGUUGCAUUCACCCAUUAUUCAGUGAUUUGUUUCAACUGUUCUGUUCUGUUUUGGCAGUGGGAUAAUUAUGCAACAUAGACCUUGAAUUAUAAAAAAAAAAAGAAAAACAAGAGUUGCAUUUUUUUAUAUUUACUGCAGCAAAUCCACACACACUGAAUUAUCUGUAGUUUUAAAAUGUAAAUACGGCCUCACUAAUGGUUAGAUAUGUCUCUUUGCAGGUUGCAGAGAACCGAAACGUUUUUGGAGUCAUCAAUAUGCUUCUGGUAUAAGUCUGACCGAAUGUUUGACCAUUCUUCUUAACGUAAUUGGUGGAAAUAAUUAAAACUGUUUGCUUUUGCGAUGUUUAAGCACAGUCUAUAAAUCUUUUCAUUGUUUGGAGGCCCUUUCUAGAAAUCGACUUGUUUAAAUAAGCUCUCU